ACUAACAAUUCCAUACUCACAAAAUUAACCCGUCUCGAAAGAGAACCCUUUCGGGGCUUUCGACUGUGUGCAGUGAACAAGGGAAUGGAAGACAUUGAAGAUUUGUUGGUAGGAAAUGGAGGUGGCGGUGCUCCUCCAGGUUUCAGGUUGCCCCUCAAUGCUGUUGGACUCAAUCCCAGAAAGAACAACAACAAACCAAAACUCACCAAACUUGAUCACCGUCUUGCUUCCAAAGUCCCUGGAUCCCAGACUAUAUAUAUCAAGACCUUUGGAUGCUCACAUAACCAGAGUGACAGUGAAUAUAUGGCUGGUCAGCUUUCAGCAUUUGGCUAUGCAUUAAGUGACAAUCCUGAGGAGGCAGACCUUUGGCUGAUAAAUACAUGCACGGUAAAGUCCCCCAGCCAGUCUGCCAUGGACACUCUAAUAACAAAGUGCAAAACUGCGAAAAAGCCCCUGGUGGUUGCUGGGUGUGUGCCACAAGGAAGCCGAGAUUUGAAAGAGCUAGAAGGGGUUAGUAUAGUUGGAGUCCAGCAAAUUGACCGUGUUGUUGAAGUUGUUGAAGAGACUUUGAAAGGUCAUGAGGUGCGGCUGUUACAUCGCAAAACACUGCCAGCUCUUGACCUUCCGAAGGUGAGUUGUAAUUUACAUUGA